AUGACCCAGCGCCUCCUCCGUCUCAGCCUAGCGCACUACCGCAAGGACUCCUGCACCGAGGAAUCCUGCCACUAUUUCGGCACCGCUCUGCACGCUAAGCAAGCCGCAACCCUGCACGCCAAACACGGCACCCUGCAAUAUUACCAGGUCUACAGCACGCAAGCCGCUCGCGAUGCCCUCGACGCCUUUCGGCGUUCUCUCGGCGCCGACUGGACUAUCGACCAGCAUGAUCUGACGGUCGAGCUGUACAUUCGGGAUCUGCAGACGCUGCGCAACAUUGCUGCGGAUCCGGAGUUCGCUAGCUUCUACCAUCUGGAGGAGCCGUAUCUCAGCCGGCGGCAUGUCGUGGCCAGUCUGGGGUGGGUGGAAGCGUAUGUGGAGGAGGGCAAGGUGGUGAAUGUUACUGAUGAGGGAUCGGAGUACCGGCCUGGGUUUGGGGAGUUUGUCGGUAGUGGGGGAGAGUUGGAGAAGGCGCUCGCUUGA